GCCGGACCCCCUUUCAGAAACGAGGAUCGGGGGGGCGGCGUCUAAGGAACGCCAGACCCCUUUCCAGAAACGAGGGUCGACUCCACAUGCGAAGCGCUUCUGUUUGUUCCUCAUUUGUUCUUUGCUUGUGCGUUUCCUUUGUUUGUGCCCUCUAGGUCAACCUGCUGCUUCGUCCUCUCGGGCAUAUGGCAGGUCAAAAAUCUACAACAACAAACCAUGGGCUCUGGAUUGGGUUGGUGGUCUGCAUAGGCUUGGGUGUGGGGCCGUCGUCUUCUUGAGCGACGACAAUGGUGUGUGGGGGUGUUGAGAAAUCUGAGAGCGCCAUGAAUACCUACGACGGGAGGACCUUCAGGACCUUCUUUCUUACGUCAGUUUUCGACAAGGAUGGGAAAAAUUGGGUGAAGGAAGACAAGAAGGUCGGCCUUGACUUGCGGCUCUUUCAAGGCUACGACGUCAAGGCUUUCUCCAUGAAAGCGUUAGACGUGCGCGGGGACGGCACCGAGCUUCGCAUGCUGACUGCGGAACAGUUCCUCAGUAGAACGAACGACUACCGUGUCACUGGCUGCCUUCCUGUCGUUGAAAGUUCCUUGGAGCUCACCAAACCCUUGGUGAAAUUCAGCAGCCCAGCGGACCAACUGCCAGGCAUUGUUAAGGAGUACAGGGAAGCCUUCUCGAGGCUGCCUCUAGACCAGCAAGCCGACUGCGCUUUCGUGCCCUUUGUCACGAGCUCGAGGAAAUCGCGACAGACGCCAUCCGCGUCGGUUGGGAAGAGGAAACAGUUGGCUGCUUGUCUAGCUCCGCCUUUGCCAGCCGAGUCGCCCUCGCCCUUGUACACGGUGAGGGGAGGUCACGAUAUCGCUCAAUGUUCCAGUGAGGCUACGGAGUACGAUGACAGAAAUUUGUACGGACGCAAUGCUGCGCGUGACAGUGCCCAGGAAGGUGCGACUGCCCUCACUGAGCGAAACGAGGAGGAAGAAGAUGGGGGAAGCUGCGGUCCACGUGAAGACGACGGUGAUGACGAGUAUAUGGACGUUGGGGAUGAGAACAUGCAGGACCAAAACAUGCUUGCCGAUGACGACGUCGGUGUCACGUCGGAGCAUCGCCCUGGCGACAUCCCCACCGGUUCUGUGGGAGCGGUUGUCGGUCGGCCCUUGUCGUCCCCUGUGAUAUGGCAUUCGCAAGGCGGGAGUCAGGGUGGGCACGACUCGCAGGAGCACGGAGGAUCAAAGUCGAGGAAAAGGACAAGAGAAACUUCUCCUUCUUCUUCCGCUCACAAGAGACAAGCGAGGACUGACGCUAUUAAUAAGGCUCGUGGAGCUCUGGUGGCAUCCCAGGAGGCGAGACCUCCUCGGAAGACCAGUCAGGGGGGAAGAUCUGGCGGUCGUGGCGGCGGCCGUGGUGGCGCAAGAAAAGGUAAGCAGAUAGUGAGGGCUGAAGAACUGCGGGACUCAGGGGAUGAGGGCGAGGGAGUGGGCCCUCGCAUGCCCGACGAUGAUGAUGAACCGCUUCAGCACGCUGCGCCCAUCGACACGACGCGGUGUUUCUUCCUCGAGUAUGACGAGCGGGGCUCCACCGUGUCGUUGAAGGAUCUUUGUCCUUCCUACUUCAAAAAUUUUGGGGAUUUGACGUGCCGCGAGAGGGAAGUUGCACUGCUCCUCCUCUUGAAAGGGAAGGUGGUCGCGACGAACGUCAAGGUCAUGCCUCCGAGAGUGAAUACGGAGUGCCUCCUCGACAUCAUGCGCAAGGAACGAUACAUGGUCCUUAUGUUCAACUACGUUGUUUUUCGCGCCGAGGGAAGGGCGGACGAUGAGUGGAAUAAUGUCUUUUUCAUGUCAUACAAGGACCUCGAAGACAGGUAUGGGCCUAACGGUCUCUGUGCAGCUGAAUGGGAUAAGGAACGGGACAAGCUGCAUGUCAACAAAGUGAAGACGGUCCCUCGACGGCUUGGAGGGGUGGAGGAGGCAGGGCAAGGAUCAGGCUUGGGCCCUACGGCGACAAUGUAUAAGGAGGCUCCGUUCCACUUUAAGGUGCAAAGUGAUGUUCUGCGUUGCUUAUUCCAGUGGGAGGACAUCGAACUCAUCCUCGCGACCUGGAAACGGGUGGACUGGCCAUCGAAUGACAUCACGAGGUAUGGCAAUAUCGCUACGGCGAGUCGAGACAUGAUGGCCAUUGUCCUGCACGUGGAGGGAGGGGAUCUGAGAAAGGUCACGGUCGCACCCCGCCUUGUCAAUGACCUCACAAACGUGCAUGUUGUGGAGUACAAGUUCGGGAAGCGUCUGGGGAAACACGGUGGCAUAGAGGGCGAUGAAAGUGUGGUGUAUUCCAUCUGGGAGCGAGAGCCUGGCAAGUUGCGUUCGUUGUGUGGGUCAUUCGUCGGGGAGGCGGAAGCUCACGAAGACGGAACUGUCCAUUCGCACGGAGGGUCCAUCCCGGUGGCCGCCCCAAGCGUCGCCUUAAUGGUGGCCCCGUCCGAGAGUGUUGCAUUGCAAGACAUUGGAAGAUGCGGUGGCAAUGAAGAAGACGACAUUGAGAUACCAGGCGAGGCGUCGACGCUCGCACCAGGCGAUGCAAUUCCUUCAGGCUACUGUGCUGACCCAGACACAAUAUAUUUAUUGGAGGGCAAACACACCCACACAGGCGAGGAUGAGUGGGGCCAUGACAUCAUAUGGCAUGAGGGCGUUUUACAGCCGUGCAUCCAAGAUGGGGAGUGGAAGAUGGCGGUGAAAUACACAAGCGGUUGGAAGACUUUUCGUUGGAUGUCAAAGAACAUCUGGUUGAAAACGACGGAACUCGCGAUCUUGCAUCGCGUGCGCGUCGAGAAUCCAGAGCAGAGCGAGGCCGCCAUCAAAAACAAGGCCGAAGAAUUAUUUCAUGUCUUGCGCGACAAUCGGCAACUGGAGUACAGCAACAAAUUUUAUGCCCUGCGCUCGAGUCCUUCGCGCGGGUCAAUCAACUGGAAGGUUGAUCAAACCGCCAGAACCUUGGAGGGGAGCUGCUCUCAUGAUUUCAUGCCUUCGGCUGAGCCGGCCUCUGUGGCCGCGCAAGCAGGGCACAGGGGAGAUGACGGGACUACUGUUGUCGGGCCUCAAGAGGUUGACAUCACGUCUAAGCCGCAAAUAUCGAAAAAAUCCAUCUCGGUCACCGCGACACAAUCGUCGUCACCCAUCGAUGUGUCAACGACGUUGCCGCCGGAUGCAGGUGCCACGUACGGGAGUUUAUUGAUAACAAAUGCUGCAAUGCAUCAGAUCCGAGAUCGAGUCAGAGUCUGAUGUUGGGCCGAGCGUGGCGGAGAGUCAGUUGCAACCGUCUUUAUGCACUGGCAAAGGUGAUGCACAAUCACCGCUGACACCACAGGGAGGGGCCGGUGGGGAUGGCGGGAAGGGAGGGGAUGUGGAGGGAAUGCACCGUUCUCGUAACCUCAACACCUUAACCGUGGAUAUUGAUUAAAAGGGUGAGGGUGGGUGAGGCGGGAGGGGUGCAAUUGGAGGGGGAGAAUCCAGUGAUAUGAUUACAACUUCACCUGUGCCUUGUUGAAUGAAAUUGUGUAAUUGACUUGGUUCGUUGUUUUGUUUAAAACAAAAUUCGUAUUAGUCU